AUGUUAAGGAAACUGGAUGGCGAGCCCUCCAACCCGUCUGUAUUGACGACCGUCGUCGGAUGGAACCCGGAGUGCGCCGAUUCGCAUCAAGCGGCGGGAGCUAGCUCAGACAUGGGAAGUGAGCACUAUUGCCUGAGGUGGAACAAUCAUCAGAGCAACCUGCUGGGAGUAUUCAGCCAGUUGCUGCACGACGAGAGCUUGGUGGACGUUACGCUCGCCUGUUCCGAAGGUGCCUCCAUAAGGGCUCAUAAGGUAGUACUGUCAGCGUGCUCAUCGUACUUCCGAUCGCUGUUCGUAGACCAUCCAUCGCGCCACCCUAUCGUAAUCUUGAAGGACGUUGGCUUAGAAGAGCUGCGAACGCUGGUCGACUUCAUGUACAAGGGCGAGGUCAACGUCCAGUAUUGUCAACUGCCUGCUCUCCUUAAAAUUGCUGAGAGCCUUCAGGUCAAAGGAUUAGCUGAAAUGACCACUUUAAGCGCAGCCGGCAUUGACACUCGAAACGUUCCAGAGCCGAUGGAGGAGGGUCAUCCUCAAGAUAUGAGAGAAUGUACAGAACCGCUCGAAAGAUUAGAUAAUAGAGAAACUAGGGUAAAAGAAGAAAGGCGGGAUGUCAAAGAAGCUAGAGAAAGAGAUUGUAAAGAAAGUCGCGACGGAAGAGACAAUCACACAAGGGAAACAAGAGAGGGUAGAGAUUUGCAACGAGAAAGAGAGCAAAGGGAUCGUGAGUUAAGAGAGUCUCGUGACCAUAGAGAAAUAAGGGAAUCGAGAGAAACUCGCGAACUGCGGGAUUCCAGAGACCACAGAGAGUUAGGUGACUCAAGGGAUAAUUGGGAACCACGAGAUUUACGGGAAGUACGUGAUCCGAGAGAAUUGCGAGAUACACGUGAUCCCAGGGAGAUGCCAGACGCAUCGCCUCCUAGAAUAUCUCCUUUGCUGUCAGUCCGCAGAUUUAGGUCAGAAACCUCGAUCGAAACGCCAACUCCCACACAUCCACCUAUACCAAAAGACGAACCACCGGACGAACCUAUAGGUCCGCCGUCAACUGAAGAAGAUACAGUAUCAAUAAGAUCGAACGGUGCAAAUGAAAAUAUUGGUCUCAACAUGACUAUAAAUAGUCACAGUAGUGGGAGCACACUGGGACCGCGAUAUUCACCUGUGGAGCAGAGAUUGAGUGUACUGAAUGCAUUGCCACAUCCAGGGCUCGCUCAUCCGACACACCCAUCUCUAGCAAGUCCAAGAAAUGAACCUAUUGCUGGCCCUUCUGGCUUACCACCAGUACAACAGGUGCCGUUAUCUCUGAAAAAAGAAAUAGAUUGGGAAAGGAGUAAUGAAGAUAAAGUUGGUGAACCAUCAGCUGAAUUCCGGAUGCAACAUGAAACAAUGUGUUUGGACAUGUCAUGUGGAUCGCCCAGCAUUCCGAGUCCAAUUCCACCACGAAGCCCCACGGCCCUGCCCCUGUGGUCUCCAUUGCUGGCUCUGCAAGCAUGCCGCCUACGCAGGUAUCUCAGUGAUGAUUGUAUGACGUAUCAAAGCCGUCAUUUGCUCCAUUCUGAAAGACGUCGAUGUGGCGUCUGCCUCGCUUCUUUUCCGUCGUCCUGGCUCCUUGAACGCCACGCCGCUCUUCAACAUGCCUCACAAACGUCCUGUGACGAUAAGCCCUUCGUAUGCGAACAGUGUGGACAGAGUUACAGAUACAGGUCCGCAUAUGUCAAACAUCGAGAGCAAAACCACCGCGCGCGACUACCUGCCGAUAAGCUAUUCACGUGCGAUGUAUGUGGCAUGCAAUUUCGAUACCUCAAGUCAUUCAAAAAGCAUCGCCUAAAUCACACAUUGGAAAGACUACACACGAAAAAUACAGACGCUAUUGAAGGCAUGGAUCAAGUUUCCAGUACUAACGAAGUAUUCGGUCAAUGUGGAGAAAUGGACCUAUCUAUAAAAAAGAGAAACAGGCCUGAAGUCGCAAGAACUCCGCCGAUUGAAGUGAUCGGUGACGGCGAACAAGACAGCACGGUCGAUUCCAACGGACCCACCGACUCUAUAGUGACCGUUGACGAUUCUACUGACUGCAGAAAUUCCAGUGCCGAAAGUGAAAACAAGAGAGACGUCGACACCCCUAAAAGUGAAAGACGACGCAUUCCCGUCUCUUUUGCCAGCGUCAGUUCAAUGGCGGACAGCUCCGAGGGCGAGUCCCGUAAUGAUAGCAACAAAAUGGAAAGUUCCAGUGCACAUUCUGGUAUCCUAGGAUUCUUGCAAAACGAUGAUAGGCAAAGAGAGCGGGAGAGGAGAUUCGCCUGUCCGUUCUGCGGGAAGUGCGUGAGGUCUAAGGAAAAUUUGAAAUUACACGUACGAAAGCAUACGGGGGAGCGGCCGUUCGUGUGUCUUUUUUGCGGAAGGGCCUUCGGUGGUAAAAGCGACUUGACGCGUCAUUUACGCAUCCACACCGGUGAGAGGCCCUAUCACUGCGAAGCGUGCGGCAAGUGCUUCGCCAGAGCCGACUACCUCUCGAAGCAUUUAACCACGCACGUACACAACGCCCGCUAA